UCGCGCUGAGCACAUCGCACGAAAGAACUUUGUGGUUAACUUUUACAAAUGGCGACCUACGGUGGAACACGCCGUGUCGUAUAACCCGCGACACUGGUCCGGCCUGUUUUUGUCGUUUAAAUAAACGUUGUAUUGUAAACGACCGGCGCGACGUGUUUGUUCGUACGAAAAACGAUCUUUGACGUGAGAUAGAUUCGAUAAUCUCGUACUAACAAGUCCGUAAUAAUGGGAAACGUGAUGGCCGCCUCUGCACCUCCUCCGCCGCCACCUCCGCCACCGGGUCCUGGACUAAUGCCGAAUUUAGGGAAACCGGAUCCGUCUACGGAUGUCUAUGUGCCUACCGAGACGUCCGGCCAAAUGGAGAACCCGGGUACCAUCGAGGAUCUGCACAAAAAGUGUAAAGAUAUAUUUCCUAUAAAUUUUGAAGGAGCAAAACUGGUAGUCAAUAAAGGAUUGAGUAAUCAUUUUCAUAUUUCACAUACUAUUAACAUGAGUUCUGUCAUACAAUCUGGAUACAGAUUUGGUGCAACUUAUGUUGGUACAAAACAGAUUUCCCCUACAGAAGCGUAUCCAAUAUUAUUGGGUGACAUUGACCCAACUGGAAAUCUUAAUGCCAACAUUCUUCAUCAAUUUGGCUCAAGACUCAAAGGAAAAUUGGCGACGCAAGUGCAAAGAAACAAAUUUACCGCUGUUCAAAUGACAGCUGAUUAUCGAGGGGAUAUGUAUACCUGUUCAUUAACACUAGGCAAUCCAGAUAUACUUAAUUGCUCUGGUGUUCUCGUUUUACAUUAUCUUCAAAGCUUGACACCAUCACUUGCAUUGGGUGGUGAACUUGCAUACCAACGUGGACCUGGCUUGCCAGGUGGCCAAGUUGCAUUACUAUCCGCUGCAGGAAGAUAUACGAAUGGUGACUCUACAUUCAGCGGUAGCAUUAGUCCAUCCGCUUGUCACCUUUGUUUCCAUCAAAGAGCUAGUCAACAAUUACAAGUGGGUGUGGAGUUAGAAAUUAAUGCACGAAUGCAAGAAUCAACGGCAACAAUCGCCUAUCAAGUCGAUUUACCCAAAGCAGAUUUAGUGUUUAAAGGUAGCGUAGAUACGACUUGGACGGUGGGAGCGGUUUUAGAAAAAAGAUUACAACCGUUGCCAUUCUCAUUCGCGCUCAGUGGUAUGCUCAAUCACAGCAAGCAACAAUUUAGAUUAGGUUGUGGGCUAAUUAUCGGUUAAAUACGAUAAGCAACUAUGCAAUUUUCAAGAUGCGGAUCCAAAGCAAAUCGGGACUAUUCUUUACGUGCAGUCAAACGAUUACGUAAUCUUAGGAUAUACGUCAUAUCAUCUUUUUGCCUUCAAUGGUUCUCAGGGCAUAUUGUUUUGUUAUAAAGUCAAUUUAUGUUAAAACGAUCGUAUUUGAUUAAAAAUAUUAUCUACAAAGACCAUAAAUUUCCAAAUUGAAUUUCUCGUUUUAAUAUACUGUUUGUUUUUCUUUUUUCUGUCUUCAAUGCUUUAUUAUGAGGAUAUUUAUAACUUUUUAAAAUAAUGUCCUGACCAUUAUAAAAUUUUUGUGAAUGAAUCA